AAAGAACCUGAGAUUUUUUUAUCUCUUUUUAAUAGGCAGCUUUGAUUGAAGGAAUAAAAAAAUUAGACGUUUCCCUGAACCAUGGCUCAGUAUACGUACGACGAGCAGGGAUUUAAUUUCUAUUAUUUCCUACUGUCAGUCUUAUCCUUGUGUCUGGUGCCUGUCACUCUUCACUCAGUAUACCGUUUAUACAGCUGUACAAAACACUCCACCAAAACCAAUCUUUGCCACUGUGAAGUAUGCGAAAAAGAACGAACAAAGGCGCAAAAGGUCAAGCCUAAUCGUGUCAAGGCUCAGCUGACAAAGCCAAAGACGCUGUUUAUUAUUAUUGGAUGGGUUACGGUUGCUCUUUUGGCUUACCAGGUCUCUCACGCCGAAGCACCCAAGGCCAGCUGGGACCCCUAUGAAAUUUUGGGCAUCAGCGAGGGUGCAUCCUUGGCAGAAAUCAAAAAGGUGUAUAAGAAGCUUUCCCUUAUUUAUCAUCCCGAUAAAGCUCAGCCUGGUAGUGAAAAGGAGAACGAGGAGCAAUUUAUCCAAAUCAGCAAAGCCUAUCAAGUAUUGACAGACGAGGAUGUUCGAAAAAAUUAUGAACAGUAUGGUCAUCCUGACGGAAAGCAAUCCUUUUCCAUGGGCGUUGCUUUGCCUAAAGGCUUGGUGGAGGGCAGCAACAGUAAAUUUGUUCUCGCUUUCUACGCUCUCAUUUUUGGUAUCGGUCUGCCUUAUUACAUUGCAAGCUGGUGGUACAAUUCCAGAAGACAAACAAAAGAUAAAAUUCUCAAUCAGACGAUGGCCGGUUUUGUGAAGAACCUCAAAGAAGAUGCGGGUUUCAAAGAUCUUGUAAAGAUCCUUGUUGGUGCUCAAGAAUUCAAGGAAAAUGCGGAUGUUCGCUCCAGCGAAGACAAACUUUUGAAAGAAAUUGAUGGAUUGAUUGCGGAAGCCAUGGAAAAUCGAUUUGGUGAAAAAUACGAACGCAUGGACAAGACUGUACCAGCUUAUCGUCGCAAGGCUCGUACACUUCUUUAUGCUUACUUGUUGCGUUUGGAUCUGACAGCCAAGGUCACUGCAUCGCACAAUGUCGCCAUCUUACAAGAUCAACGUUUUAUUGUGGAAAAAUCUAUCCAUCUCCUUCAGGGCCUGCUACAAAUCGCUACUGUGAAGCAGUGGCUGGGUGUGGCGAUGGACAUUAUGGAUUUGCAACAACAUUUGAUGCAGGCUAUCUUCCCUGGCGAAGCUUCUAUUAAAGAACUUCCUCACAUCACCGCCAUUAUGUUACGACGUUACUUCCGAUCCAAGAAGAAGCAUAUUCACAGCGUUCAGCAGUUGUUGCAAAUGUCCGAAGUCGAACGCAAAACAUUGCUCAAGCCAUUGACCGAUUCUCAAUACUUGGAUGUCAUGGAAGUCGCUAACCGCGUUCCCAAGUUAUCUGUCCAGAAAGCUGCAUUCAAAGUGAUGGGCGACAAGAUUGUUACCACGGGUGCUAUUAUCACGUUUAUCUUGAAGCUUAAAAAUGGCCACGUUGUUGGUAUUGAACCCGAGGCCAAGGCUGUUGUGGAGGAAAAACAGACUCAAGAACAAUUGGACAAGGAAGAAGAAGAAGAUGAAUUUGAACCUGAAAAUGAACCCGAAGCUAGCCUGCCUUUUGCUCAUACUCCUUACUAUCCUGGCGAAAAGAAGCCGUAUUGGUGGAUUUUCUUGGGUGAUCCCAAGGUGAACCGUAUUCUUGUGCCGCCGAGAAAGGUGACCGAUAUCGUUGACGAACAGACGAUUCGUAUCCCAUUUGCAGGUCCUCCCAAACCAGGCACUUACACUUUCUCCUUGUUUGUCAAGUCGGAUACCUAUGCGGGUACGGAUAUUCUUCAAGAUAUUAAACUGACGAUUCAAGACCCAUCCGAACUGCCACCGGAGGAAGAAGUAGACGAUACCAUUUCUGAACCGGAAGAUGACUCUAUUGCUGGACAAAUGAAGUUGAUGCGCGAGCAAGGAUUGGCCUCCGCGUUGGCUGGCGGACAGAAGGAUACGAAGGAAGGAUCAAAGGAUGAUGAUGAUUCGUCCGAUGACAGCAGCGAUGAAGACUAAAACAAGAUUUACCUGGGAAUAAUACACGCAAGUCAUAAUCUCAACAAGAAGAUGGUAUACAUAUAUAUAAAAAAAAGCUUUUUGAAGUUGCACCACAUGAAAACGGAUUAAAUACAGAUUCAUUUUUUUUAAUGGCA